AGGAAAGCAAAAGAAAGCAGCAACAAAGCCAAAGCUCUCUCUCUCUCAUAACUUUCAACGCAACCAACAAUGUUGGGUGGUCUCCAGAGGCACGAACUUCUUCUCUUCUCCUACUCAUUCUCUUCCCCUCCUUCUCCGUCCAGAAUUCCCGCCUCUCCGUCUUCCUCUUCCACCUAGCUUCUCCACCCGCCGCCACUUGCCUCGGAUAUAGACUUCAGUUGUACUGCAAUUUCUUAUCCUGGAACUGGGGACUUAAGAUGCAUAUCUGACCUUUCUGGACUUCAGUUGUAUUGCAAUUUCACAUCAUAUCAUUGAUUUGAUUUACGUCGGGAAAAAGCUGAGGAGGUACUAUUAAUUCUACAUUGAGAUAUAUGGAGUCUGCACGAUGUUGGUUCAGCAAAUUCAGGUCAAAAGACAAAGCAAGGCCUUCGAAAAAGAAAGAAGUCUCAAGCAACGGUAAAGAGGGGAUUAAAGCACCAAGUAGUGAAGAAUUGCCGUCAAAUGUAACCAAACAAAGGGUUGCAGCUGCAAAGCAGUAUAUUGAAAAUCAUUAUAAGAAGCAGAUGAAAGACCUGCAGGAAAGAAGAGAGCGGCGAGAUAUGCUUGAGAAGAAAUUGGCUGAUGCGGAGGUCACGGAGGAAGAACAAAGCAACUUAAUAAAAUAUUUAGAGAAAAAGGAAACAGAGUUCAUGCGGCUCCAGAGACAUAAAAUGGGAGCUGAUGAUUUCGAGCCAUUGACAAUGAUAGGCAAGGGUGCAUUUGGGGAGGUUCGAAUCUGUAAAGAGAAGUCAACAGGUCAUGUAUAUGCAAUGAAGAAGCUUAAGAAAUCAGAGAUGUUGCGUAGAGGCCAGGUUGAACAUGUAAAAGCUGAAAGGAAUUUGCUUGCAGAGGUUGAGAGCAAUUGCAUUGUCAAACUAUAUUGCUCAUUCCAAGAUGAAGAGUAUCUAUAUCUUAUAAUGGAAUAUUUACCUGGUGGGGAUAUGAUGACAUUGCUUAUGCGGAAGGAUACCCUAACUGAAGAUGAGGCUAGGUUUUAUGUUGGGGAAACUGUCCUGGCUAUCGAAUCUAUCCAUAAGCAUAACUAUAUCCAUAGAGAUAUCAAGCCUGACAAUUUGCUACUAGACAAGCAUGGGCACAUGAAGCUCUCUGAUUUUGGACUAUGUAAACCUCUAGAUUGCACUAACCUCCAAGAAAAAGAUUUUACGGCAUCAAAUAAACUUAGUGGAGCUCUUCAGAGUGAUGGACGACCUGCAGUACCAAGACGCACACAACAGGAGCAAUUGCAGCACUGGCAGAGGAACAGGAGGAUGCUUGCUUAUUCGACUGUUGGAACACCGGACUACAUUGCCCCUGAGGUUUUGCUGAAGAAAGGAUAUGGAAUGGAAUGCGAUUGGUGGUCUCUGGGUGCUAUCAUGUAUGAGAUGCUUGUGGGAUACCCACCAUUCUAUUCCGAUGAGCCCAUGUCAACUUGUAGGAAGAUUGUUAAUUGGAAGACUCAUUUAAAAUUUCCGGAAGAAGCAAGGUUAUCUCCCGAUGCUAAGGAUCUUAUCUGUAGACUGUUAUGCAAUGUAGAACUGAGGCUUGGGACAAAGGGUGCGCACGAAAUAAAGGCACACCCUUGGUUUAAAGGUGUUGAAUGGGAGAAGUUGUAUCAGAUGAAAGCUGCAUUCAUCCCUGAGGUCAAUGAUGAGUUGGAUACUCAAAAUUUUGAGAAGUUUGAUGAGGAUGACAGCCAAAUGCAGACUCCAAAUAAAUCUGGACCAUGGAGAAAGAUGCUAUCAUCCAAGGAUAUCAAUUUUGUGGGUUACACAUAUAAGAACUUCGAAAUCGUGAAUGACCAUCAAUUGCCUGGGAUAGCUGAACUGAAGAAGAAGAGCACAAAGCCGAAGAGACCCUCGAUCAAGUCCCUUUUUGGUAAGUUAUUUUAUUGAACCCCUUUCCUUCCUCAUCUAAACCUGAAAUUUGCCACCGGAAAGCUUUGCGUUAACCUGCAACUACUGUUGGGUGAGUGACACCUAUCCAUUCCCACCACACCAGUAGUGUCACCACUGCCUGUGGUGAUGUGAGCUUUCUACCCUACCGACCAAGAACGCAAAGACUCUGAUGGCGACUCUCUCUCUUUUUAUUUCGAUCACAUUGGUUAAUCAAAUCCUGGUAUUUUCUCCAGAGGACGAGACAGCAGAGGAUGAUGCCAUUCAAGAACAGCCCGCGCAUGGCGGUGGUGGCAGCUUCCUGGGACUCUUGCCUCCGAAACAUGAUCAUUACGGACAACCGAGUAGAUCGAAAUGACCUGCUGACUCGUUUGGCUACAAGGUGUAUUAAUUUCUGAUUUGGAUGCGUUAACAUAUGCUAUACGCUUGAGCUGAAGGCACCAGGAAGAAGGAUGAUCCAAACCAACUGAAAUAGUGAGAGAAUAGCUUGCUAGAUGGCUCUGGUUCGCCAUUUUGUGGAUUGGGUUUACCGGGGCGCCGGAAAGACCAAACCAGGUUGUUGUGGGGGGAAACGGCGGCAGUUUUUGAAGUUUUCUUGUCCGAGAGCUUGUUGGGUGACGAGUUGGAUUGGUGGUGGCGGUGGCGGCGGAGGUGGUGGCUAUGGAUUGCAUUAAUGUAAAAUGCUAAGAGUUUUGAGUAAAUAUUCUUUCAGGACAUAGUUGUUGUAUUCUAUUGCCUCUUUGUCAAUCAAGCUGUGAUAUAAUCUAUGUGUCCAUAUCGUUUGACCUCCCAAUCUGCUCUUUCUUUUGUACAUUUUUCUGGUUCCAUUCCAACAAUAGCCAAGUGAUAUUCAUCUUCUACAAAUAGGAUUAUAGAAACCCCCCUCCCUGUAGCUCAGUACUUUGUACACUUUUCAGUUUUCACGUCGGGUGUUGGUUAGAUUGGAGUAGGUUUGGGUAUAUUUUUUUCAGAAACAAUACUUUCUAAACAAAAGUACAGAGAAUGGCAUGCUUUAAAUUUUAAAGUCGAGAUAUUUAAGAUGUG